CAGGGGGCGCUGAAGCCGCGCAGAGAGGCCGACCGCCCCUACUCCCGAAGGACAGAGAUCACAAAGAAAGAAACACAGAGCGACCGUGCAUCAAAACAGUAAACAAUGGGAAAGAAACACAAGAAGCACAAGUCCGACAAACACGGAUUUGAAGACGUGGGAGAGAGUAGACCUCUGAAGCUGGUCCUGAAGGUAGCUGGGAAUGAAGUGACGGCGGGGAGCUCGAGCCGGGACACGUUCUACGAUGAGCAGUCAGCCGACUACGACAAGCCCAGGGAGAAGAAAAAGAAGAAGAAAAAGGACAAGGACCGGGUGGUAGGGUCCCCUGAUGAUGGGAAGAAAAAGAUGACCAAGAAGAGAAAGGCUCAAGAUGCAGACGGAGACUGGGAAGAACCGGAACAGAACAGAACUCCAAUCCGCUCUGAGCUGGAUAAACAGGAACAGAAAGAGCAGACUCCUCUACAGGAGGCGUUGAACCAGCUCAUCAGACAGCUGCAGAGGAAAGACCCAAGUGCGUUUUUCUCCUUCCCAGUGAAUGAUCUCAUCGCUCCUGGCUACACUCUGGUCAUCAAGCGGCCCAUGGACUUCAGCUCCAUGAAGGAGCGGGUGAAGACGGAGUGGUACCAGUCGCUGGUGGAGCUGAAGACAGACUUCAGGGUUAUGUGUGAAAACGCCAUGAUGUACAACAAGCCCGAGACCAUCUAUCACAAAGCUGCCAAGAAGCUGCUGCACUCAGGCAUGAAGAUCCUCAGCCCGGAGAGGCUCCAGAGCCUGAAGCAGAGCAUCGAGUUCAUGUCGGGCCUGGACCUGAACGCCACCAAGCCAGGGAAGACCGAGGACGACGGUGGGGCCGGCAUGGACCAGAGCCGGGACGGGCUUGGGGCCUUGUACUUCAGCGAGAGCUCCCAGUCUCCAAGCACUCCCAGGCAGGACAAGGAGUCCAAAGAGGAGGUGCUGAAGGCGGAGAAGGAGCUGGAGGAGAUCCGCAAGGCUGUGGAGGAGUCUGCCGGCAAGCUGACCAACCGGUCACUACAGUGCCAGCUGGAGUUCGGGAGGCGCAAAUCCGACGGCUCCACCACGCUGGCCUUCCUCAACCCAGCGGACCCCUCAGCAGGAGAGGCGGGCUUCUGUCCGGUGAAGCUGGGCAUGAUGAACAACCGUCUGCAGAGCGGAGUCAACUGCCUGCAGGGCUUCAGGGAGGACAAGAGGAACUGGGUGACUCCAGUGUCCUACAUCAACCACGGGCCGUUCACCUCCUACGCGCCCACCUACGACUCCAGCUUCGCCAACGUGGGCAAAGAGGACUCGGACCUCAUCUACUGCUUCUACGGAGAGGACGCCAGCCUGCACGUCUCUGAGAGCAUGUCAGAGUUCCUGUCCCGCUCGGAGGAGUACACGUACAAGCUGGCCGACAAUCUUCUGGACGCCAUGACCCGCGGAGAACAUUCCAGAUCGCUGGCGGGAACGGAACGGGUGGAAGAGCAGACCAGAACACCUGGGACCAAGGAUGCCACCAAGGCGCUGGAUCCAGAGCUCAGCGCUGGCAGUCGCUGCAGCUCCCUGAUGAGUCCGGACCCAACCCCCCCGGAGCUCUCAGACGGUGCCCAGCUCUUCCAGGAGAAGCUGGACGAGACCACCCUGCUGCUGCGCGAGCUGCAGGAGGCGCAGAGGGAGCGUCUGAGCUCCAGGCAGCCGCCCAGCGUCAUCCACCUGCUGGCCCCCAACGCCAAGGAGCUGCAGCUGGCUGAGAAGGUGACGGAGAACCUGACCCGGCUGACCAGCCAGGUUGCCCCCAGCGACGUGAGCAGCGUCCGCAGCAUCCGGAGGGCCAUGGGCGUCUCAGUGCCCUCGGAGCCCAGCGGGCCGCUGGUGGACCUCACCACCGUGCAAGACGUGUCCGAGCCCAUGGACGUCUUGUGUCGGAGCCAGGACGGGACGCCGGUGUUGGCUGUGUAACAUCAACGUCCUAAUAUCUCGUGGUGCUUUUUGUGUGACAUUUGUAUGCAUUGCAGUUAAUAAACUUCAGUUUCAACUUUGUUUUUUU